AUGCUGAGGGCGCUGAGGACCAUGCACGACCACGGCUUCCUGCACCGCGACGUCAAACCCGUCAGUGCCCUCCCCACCCCCUCCUCUCUGCAUCGCCUUGCCUUGCCAUGUCUACCUGUAUCACCGACGUCCCUCGCCAUCUGCAUCACCCGCUCCUUGCACCAUUCCGGCACCCAAGCCUCCCCCAUGCGCCAAUCAUCGUCCUCAGCGCGCCCCUCCAUGCACACCCGCUCACCUACCCCCUACCAAACCCCUCAUGGCGCGUGUGAGCAGUCCAACUUCGCGAUGGGCGUGGGCUCACGGCAGCAGCAGUGUUUCGUGAUUGACUUUGGCAUAAGCAAGCGAUUCCGCUCCUCCUACGGCGUGCACCCCGCUCGCCAGGUGGCCGAGUUCCGCGGCUCCACUGCCUACGCCUCCGUGCACUCGCACCUGCUCAUGGUAUGCCUCCGUGCACUCGCACCUGCUCAUGGUAUGCCUCCGUGCACUCGCACCUGCUCAUGGUAUGCCUCCGUGCACUCGCACCUGCUCAUGGUAUGCCUCCGUGCACUCGCACCUGCUCAUGGUAUGCCUCCGUGCACUCGCACCUGCUCAUGGUAUGCCUCCGUGCACUCGCACCUGCUCAUGGUAUGCCUCCGUGCACUCGCACCUGCCGUGUGUGGUGGGUGGCAGGACCUGGGGCGGAGGGACGACCUGUGGUCGCUCUUCUAUGUGCUCGUGGAGUUUCUUGACGGGGAGCUCCCUUGGCGCCACGUGCAGGAGAAGGAGAGGGUGAAGGAGAUGAAGCUGUAUUUCUUUGACCACCCGGAGCAGAUGACCAAGUCCGUUGCCUUCCCAGAGGAGCUCUCUGCGUUCGCGGAUCACCUGCAGGUGCUGCAGUACGCCGACAAGCCCGACUACGCCUACCUGCUCAACCUCCUCACUGCCUGGAACGCCCGCUGUGGCGGCGCCUCCCCCCCCCAGGAUGCCCAAGGUGCUGCCGAUGCCGCACACGCUGCGCUGCCACCGCCUCCCCCACCCCCUGCCACGGCCAACGGCCACUCUCACUCUGCCCCAGCGCGCCAUGCCUCUCACGACUCGCCCCCCAUGCUGCACCCUGCCGCAACCACACCCGCUGCUGCUGCCCUUGGCAACGGGGUGCAUGGCACGCCCGUCACCUCACCCGUCGCCUCGCCUGCCCUGCCAUCUGUACUGCACUGCGCACCACCACCUGCCAUCGCUGCGGUCAGUGGGACUCCCGUGCUGCCUGCACCCUCACCCUCAGUGGCACGGGCGGCAGCAGCAGAGGCGGCAGCGGCAGGCGCAGGAGCAGUUGCUGCUGCACCCGCUGGUGGCAGCCCAUCCACACCUACACCGCGCUCCGCCCCUCCUCCCCCUGCCUCUGCCCUCGCUGCACCAACGCCUCCCACCUCUACUGCUCCCAGCGCUACCCCAUCCAGCCCUACCCCUCGCACCCCCACCACUUCAAGCCCCACCGCGCACAGCACUGGCGUCCCACGGGAGGACAGCAAUACCGCCCACCCUGCUUCUCCUGCCGCUGCUUCCCCUCCCGCCGCCGCUGCGUCUCAUGCUCCUGACGUGGUGCGUGCUGCGUCGCUGUCUGCUGCCCCUCCGCUGCUGCCAGACCCAGGCACCGCCCCUGUGGGCAGCAGCGCUGGUGGGGGUGGCGUGGCAAGCCCCUGUCAUACAUCACAGGAGCGGGGCAGCAGGGGGAAUGAUAGCUGUGAUGCUCCGCAGAGGGGACGAAUGAGAGAGGGCGGUGGAGGUGCAGAGAGGCGGCAGGGAGAUGAGGGAGGUGGCAAGGCAGGGCAGCAGUUGUUGGCUGGCGGUGGGCAGGGCAGCGAGCGCGUUAGUGAAAGAGGCACUGCUGCUGUUGCUGCUGCUGCUGUGGCUCGUGAGGGUUCAUGUGGCAGGCGUGUGGCAGGGGGGCGCAGGGGUCCACAGGGAAAUGGUUAUGCGUCUCUAACUCGCCGGGCACCUUGCAGUAGCAGCAGCAGCAGCAGUAGCAGCAGCAGUGACAGCCAGAGCAGUGACAGCAGCAGCACGUGCAGCAGCAGCAGUGGGAGCGAUGGGAGCGAUGGUGAGGCGAGUGGGGAGGUGAGGAGCGAUGCCAGUGGCGCUAGCAGCGGCGAGGACGACCCCUCCUGGGGCAGCCCAGGCAGGCACAGGCGGAGGAAAGGAAAAACGGGUGGUGCAGUGCGGUGUAGUGUAGCUCAAGGGCAGAAUUCUAAAGGUGGGGGCGGGGGGCGGAGGAGCAGAGGCAUGAGGAGACGAGAAGGAGGGAAGGAGGCGGGUGGCAGGGCGGUAGGGCGUGAGGGGGGCGGUGUGAUGGCGCAGGGGACGAUGCCGGUGGUUCUGGCGCUAGAGGCCGUGCCCAUGCGCGACACACACCUGUGGGGGCCAGGCGAGAGGAGAAGAGGCGCACAGGGCAGGGACGUGCAUGGCGCAGCGUGGGAAGCAGAGGAGGGGAGGCGCAGCAUGGGGCAGGCACAGGCAGAGCGUGAGGCGGGGGGCGGGCGAGGGAAGGAGGGUGGGCGGGCAGACGAUCAGGGGGCUGAUGGGGAGAGCAAGGAGGGGGGCAGUGGGAAGCUGGAGUGGAGGGAGCAGCGAGUGAGUGGGAGCGGUGAGGAGGAAGGCAGCAGGGCGAGCCGAGUGAUGAGUGGGGCUGGGGAAGUAACCGCGCGAGGCCGAGAGGAACCGCCCACGCAAGGGCUUCGGGCGAGCGGCAGUGGCGGGACGACGGGGGGAAGGGGCGGAGAGGAGGACAAGGAGCAGCAGGCGAGGGGGGACGAGGGCAGGCAGCAGCGGAAAGAGGAAUGGAGCAGGGGCGGUGAGGGAUGUGUGGUGAGAGUAAGGCAAGAAAGGGAGAGAGGGACGGGAGGAGAGCGGGAUAGGGAUGGUGAGUGGGCACACAGGGAGGGGCGGUGGCAACGGGAAAGGGAGAGGAAGGGGAGAUGGAAAAGGGAGGAGAGGGAGAGGGAGACAAGCGGUAAAGGUGGAGGAUGGGGACGAGGGAAGGAAGGCAGUCACUCUGAGGGACAGGAGCGGGUAGCCGAGGAGGCGAGGGCGAGAGGAGGUGAAGUUGAAGGCGACAAUGAGAAAGCAUGUGUGAGAGUUGGUUACACGACGCACACAGCAGAUGCAGGGGCAAGAAAUACAGGUUCCAACAAUGUGGUGGUGGAGGAGGAGGAGGAGGGGAAGGAGGGGAAAGGUCAGGAAGCAGCCAGAAAAAUGCAGUGGGAACGGAGGCAUAAGGAUAAGCGGGAGGAGAGGGAGAUAGAGGCGGAGGAGAAAGAAAGGGAGCGGAUGUGUGAGUUGGGGAGGGAUAGGGAAAAGAGGACAGAGAAGGGAAGAGAGGGCAAGAGCGAACAAGAGAAGGAUCGAGAAAGAGAGAGCGUGAGGGGGAGAGAGAAGGCAAGGGAAUAUGAGAGGGAGAGGGACAACAAGAGAGCACCGGUGCACGAGAGGGAUGGGGAGAGGCGAAGAGGGGAGAGGCACCAGGGUUGGGGCAGUGAGAGGCAGGGUGGGAGGGGGAGGGGCAGCAGUGGUGGGGGGGGUUAUGAGGAAAGAAACGAGAAGCAGGGCAUGGUGGAGAGGCGGAGGGACGUGUGGAAUGGGAGCUCCGCUGGCUUGAAGCCUAAAGAGAGACACAGAGGGACGUGGGAGGGGGACGAAAAGGCAGAGAGAGGCGAGAGGGGAAGGAACAGAGAUAGGGAUGGAGGCUGGGAGCGGGGUGACGACAGAAUGCGGGAGAGGAAGGCAGAGAGGGAGACGAGGGGGAGGGACAGGGAUGAGGAGAGGGAGAAGGACGCGAGGAGAAGACAUGAGUUCAAGGAGAGCGAGAGGGGUGAGCGGUGGGAUGGCAGCAGAUCCAGGGAGAGGGGCUGGUCGAAUGAGAGGCUCAAGGGCAGGCACGAGCACACAGAAGCAGCUUCAGCGGAGGGGAGGGGGCAGGGGCCAGAGAGAGCAGAGGUGAGCAGACAGGGUAGCGGGCGUGAGCAUGGGAGUGCGAGGGAGGGCGAGCGCGUGUUGUCUGUAGAGGAGCGAGAUGAGGCGCCGGGGAGGGGUGUCGAUGGUGGCAACGGCUUGGGGGCUAGUCAGGAAGCAACAGAUGGGGCGCCAGGGGACAGGGGCGCAGUGAUGGAACGGUGUGGGGUGAGGGGCAGGGAGGGGAGGGACAACGAGAAAGGGGGGGUGAGAGAGGGGGAGGAGUGGGAGAGGGAAAAGGAGAGGGAAAUGGAGAAGGAGAGGGAGAAGGAGAGGGAGCGGGAAAGGGAGGGGGAGCGGGAGAGAGAGAGGGAGAGGGAGGGGGAGAAGGGGAAGGAAAGGGAGAGGGAGAAUGAGAAGGAAAGGGAGAGGGAGAAUGAGAGGGAGAGGGAGAAGGAGAGGGAAAGGGAGGAGAGGGAGACAGGAAGGGGGAGGGAGAGGGAAAGGGGGAGGGAGAAGGAGAGGGAAUGGGAGAGGGAGAGGGAGAGGGAGAAGGCGAGGGAGCGGGAGAAGAGGGAAUGGGAGAGGGAGAAGGAGAGGGAGCGGGAGAGGGGGAAGGAGAGGUACCGGGAAAGAGAAGAGAAGGAGAAGGAGAGGGAGAAGGGCAGCAACGAGGGUGCUGGCAGCGGUGGUCACAGUGUGCAGGAGCCCCAGCAGCACCCCCGCACCCUCUCUCACUCCCACUCCCACUCGCGCGCUCUCCCUCGCCCCCUGAGCUCGCCCCGCCACCAGCAAGGCAGACCCACGCCCUCGCCUGCUGCAUCACCUCACUCCGUCUGUGACCCACUCUCGCCCUCCACUGCUGCUGCCCCUGUUAAUGCCGGAAGGGGCGCAGGGGAGGGGGAGGCAAGGGCGAGGAGGCUGCGGCUCCUGAACGCCCUCCUUGCUGCCUGCACGCCCUCCUUGCUGCCUGCACGCCCUCCUUGCUGCCUGCACGCCCUCCUUGCUGCCUGCACGCCCUCCUUGCUGCCUGCACGCCCUCCUUGCUGCCUGCACGCCCUCCUUGCUGCCUGCACGCCCUCCUUGCUGCCUGCACGCCUUCCUUGCUGCCUGCACGCCCUCCUUGCUGCCUGCACGCCCUCCUUGCUGCCUGCACGCCUUCCUUGCUGCCUGCACGCCCUCCUUGCUGCCUGCACGCCCUCCUUGCUGCCUGCACGCCCUCCUUGCUGCCUGCACGCCCUCCUUGCUGCCUGCACGCCUUCCUUGCUGCCUGCACGCCCUCCUUGCUGCCUGCACGCCCUCCUUGCUGCCUGCACGCCUUCCUUGCUGCCUGCACGCCCUCCUUGCUGCCUGCACGCCCUUCUUGCUGCCUGCACGCCCUCCUUGCUGCCUGCACGCCCUCCUUGCUGCCUGCACGCCCUCCUUGCUGCCUGCACGCCCUCCUUGCUGCCUGCACACCCUCCUCUCGCUCCACGUCACCUCUUCCCAUUCCGCACUUCCACCCCCCGUCCUCCCUCCUCCACCCCCCCACCAGGCGCACGCGGGACAGGGCGACAUCCCUGUGUUUGGACCACGUGGCAGGGCGCUGCCCCCUGCCCUCCGCCCGCUGCUUCCGCCACCACCUCUCCCCCGCUCAGGUCAGCGCGCCACCUCUCCUCCCAUGCUCACCGUGUCCGCACCUGCUGCAUGGCACACGCACCUCCUCUCAUCCCAUGGCCCCCGUUGUGCACAAGAGAGGAGCACUUCUACCAGCGGGGCGAGCUGCCUACAGACGCCAUGCAGCCCGCCUCCUGGGUGAUUCAGCGCCGCCUGCUCCUGCACCCCGCGCGCCCCCGCCCGCUGCAGCCUCCCCAUGCACGCGCGCCCUCUCCCCGCGAGCCCACCCGUGCAGAUGAGGCGCAGCACACGCCCACCUCCUCCCACCCCCGCUCUGAGAGCCCACGCCAGCAACAACAGCAGCUGGGGGGUUCGCCUGGGAAGGGAGGGGCAGGGCUGCUGACAACGCCAGGGGUGCUGUUGCCGUCCCCAUCCAUCUCGCCCUCCUUGCUGGGUGCCCCUCCUGCCGGCACACCCCCCUCCCUGCUCCACCCCCUACUCCCACUGCCCCCCCCUGCUGCCCCCUCUGCGCCGCCCACCGCCCAUGGCACAGGAGCAGCGACCUGGGGGACCCUGGGUGUGAGCAGACCUGCCUUGAGCAGUGGUCAGCAGCUCGCUGCCACUGCCGCUGACUGUGCUGUUUCAGCUGCUGCUGGUGCUGUGGCAGCAGGGCCAGGGGUUGUGGGUGGCGCUGCUGUGUUGCCGCCAGCAAGCAUGGGAGCGGGCGGCAGUGAGGAGAGGGGGCGAGGGGUAGGGCUGGGGGGGGAGGAGAGGGAGGGAGGGGCAGGGAAGGCAAAGGCGCGGGUGAAGGUGGUGAUCAACGAGUGGGGGGUGGUCAUUCCCCCGCACGCCCUGCUGCCUGCCAUCAAGCGCCGCAAGCUGGACGGCCCCCUUCCUGCUGCUGUUCCACCCGCACAGGGCAAUGGCGCCAUGACAAGUGGCAGCAGAGGGGUGGGACCUGCCGGUGUAGCGGCAGCUUCAGCAGCGGCGGCAGCAGCAGCAGGCAGGGUGGGUUUGUCGGUGGGGCUGUUGGCGGCACUGGAGAGAGUGGUGGUGCCGCGCGUGGCUGUGGGGCUGCUGCCCGUGCUCUCGUGCCCCACUGCUGCACCCAAUGAGACACACACAGGGACUGACACAGAUACAGCCACAGGAACUGACACAGUGACUCCCGCAGACUGUAGCACCGUUACAGUCGCACGGACUGACACGGGAACUCUCCCCAGUGCCCGCACUCUCCCACUGCACUGGGCUGACGUGCCGUGUGCACCUCUCCCUGCCCACCACCGCACAGCCUGGUUUCUACCCCCUGCCCGCCUCGCCAGCCCCGCUCUCCCCCUGGCCUGCAAUGCUGGUGUCGCCUGCACGGGGGCGGGCUGUGCUGUGAGCGUGCGCUGUGACAUCCCGGCCUCGCUGCUGCCCGCCUCACACACAUGGCAGCCUCUUGCUCACGCACAGGGGGGCACCCUGCCGCCUGCUGCACCCGCCCUCAACCUCUCGGCCUCCCCGCAACAGGAACAGCGAGGGGAGCAGGGGGAGCAAGAGGGACAGGGGGGCCAUGGGGGCGGCAAGGGGGAUGACAGCGCUGAGCGCGGUGGGUGGCAGUGGUGCGUGCAGCAGGAGGGCGGCGGGCAGCUGGCAGGACUCAUGCGGCAGUGGCGCUGCUCCCACACCGGCACCCCCCUGCCGCUCUCCUGCACCCGUGCCUGCAGCAGCGGUGCUGGCGCUGGCAGUGGUAGCGGCAGUGCAGAUGGGGAUGGUGAGGCAGGGAUGGGCCGCGAGACGGACAGCAGCAGCAGCGACGACAGCGAGAGUGAGAGCUUGGGUGGGAGAAGUGAGGGCGCGAGUGGCAGCUGGGACCUGGGUGCUCACCACCACUCGCAGCUGGCGGGUGGGGACGACGCAGGUGAGGACGAGGAGGAGGUUGGUGACGGGAGAAAGAGUGGGAGGGAGGGCAGCGAGGGGGGUGCGGCGAGUGUGGGUGAGGCGGUGGGGAAACGGAGUGGACAGGUGAGCACUCCAUGUGUGCUGCCAGCGGGAGAGGCUGUUCCCUCGAUUCACGUGGCCAGGGGUGCGGAUGGGACAGGCAGGGGGCCGCAGGUGCAAAGCGAUGGAGAGGUGAACAAAGCGGUUGAUAUGGUGGGGCUGGUUACUGGCGAUUGUGGUGGAGGUGGUGGUAGUGGUGAAGGCAAUGGUGACGGUGGAGUGAAGGGUGCGAAGCCGGAGGACGAGGAGGAAGAGUGGGUGGGGGAUGGAGAAGAGAAGCCGGCAUGUGCAGUGAGAAUUCUCCCCAAUGCUGCCACCACCAGCACUGUGCGACUGCCACCUGCCCCCCUGCCCCUGCACGCCCUCGCCCAACCACCCUUCCCCUCGCCCAAGAAGGAGCGCACUCAGCGCACCGUGCCCCGCCGCCGCCUCUCCUUCCCACCCCUCGCCCUCCCCGCCCUCCCUGCCCUUCCCCCCCCACUGAUCCCCCCCACUCCGCGCACCCCCCGCCCCAGUGCCCCCCCCAGCGCAUCCCGCAAGGCCAUGCCACCAGGCAGGCGGGCAGGCGGCAGUGUGGAGACUGCGGAGGUUGGGGGGGGGGCGGGCAGUGGGGCGGCAGAGGCUGGAAGUGACAAGGCCGGUGGUACGGCAGGGAAGGUGGAGGGGCACAAGGACCAAGCAGGCCUGAAGGAGGAGGAAUUUGAGGUAGGUGCGGGUGCUGCUGGUGCUGGUGGUGGUGGUGGUGGUGGUGUUGGCGGUGGUGGUGAGAAUGGGGCUGGGGUUGGCAGCAGUGGUGAGUGGAGGGCGAAGGAGAGACAGCGUGCACGGGCCGAGGGAGAGAGGGCUGGAGCAGAUGGUGAGGAGGAGGAGGCGGGAAGGGGAGUGGGUGCAAAGGCUGUGGCGCACAGGGGGAAGCGGGAGAGGGAGGAGCAACAAGGGAUCGACAUUAAGAGACAGCGGAGGGAAGGAGCAGCUGGUGAAGGGGGAGAAGAGGGAGAGCGGGGAGAAAGGGGAAAGAGCAGAGUGGGGGGAGAGGAGGGGGCAGAGGAGGGAUAUGGGGCGGAGGAGAAGGGUGUAAAAGGGAAAGGGGCGUUGGAUGGAGAUUGGAGGAGGGGAGGGGUGGUGGGAAGAGGGGGAGGGAAGGGCAGAGGAAGAAAGAGAGGGGCGGCGAAUGGGAAUGCAGGCGAGCGAGAUAGGGCAGCGCAGCAGGGGGAGAAGCAGAGGAGCAUGCAGCAGCAGCGCGACAGGCGGGGGCGAUGGAGGCAUGGGGGCAAGCGCGGUGGCAUGAAGGGGGGAGGGGGGAGGAGGGCGGUGAGGACGGAGGGCAAGGAGGAGGGUGCAGCGAGGGUAAGUGGUGCGGAUGGCAGAGAGAGGGAGGGAGGGAGGGCGCAAGAGAAUGAAGAGCAGAUGCAGAAGCAGGUGAAGGAGGGUGCAAGGGAGGAUGGUACAAGGCGGAGUGAGGCACGGACCAGUGAGAGGAAACGAGGCGGUGGCAGGGGAGGGGGCGGGUCGGCACUGUCUCGAUGCCGCGAGGGGCAGGUGGGGGCGGUGGGUGCAGUGGGUGGGGCGAAGGGCAGCGGUGGUAAGCAGGAGACGGACGGGCUGUGGUCUGGUGGGAGCAGUGAGGGGAUGCACGGGCACGGGGGGAGAAGUGUGGGAGGUGGUGGGAGUGAGGGGGACGAGGAGAGUGCGAGUGAGAGUGAGAGUGACAGCUUCUCAAGCCUGUUUCGAGAGGAGGAGAGUGAGGAGGAGAGUGGGGGCCAGGGAGGGGGCGAGGACAUAGAGGUGGAUGGGCCAAACCUGGAGGGGCACGCGGCAGGAGGGGGUGGAACAGAGAGGAGUGCGUCACAGGAUGGCAGUGGUGCUUCUGGCAGCGGUGGUGGCAAGGAGUCUGGCAUGGAAGGCUGGCAGCAGGGCGGCAGGGGGAGGGGAGGGGAACAUGGAGGUGAGCAGGAGGGAGGGGGAGGGGCGAGCAGGGCGGGGCAGGCAGGCAGCGCGUGUCUGGCCACCAGCAGCCCUGCCUCCGCCGCCACACCCCUGCCACACCUCGCUGCCAGCCCCCACCUGCACUGCACCACAUACGUCACUGCCAGCCCUCACCUGCUCGCCAUCCCGUACCUUAACGCAAGCCCGCGGUUCACGAGCCCGUACCUACCCUACAGCCCCGGCAUGGGCGCCAGCCCCGUGGGCAGCACCACCUUCUCCCCGCACCCGCUGCUUGACGCCCCGCUCUCCUCGUGUGCCUCGCCCGCUGCGGUGCUGGCGGGCGAGGAGGGUACAGAGGAGAGAGGGGGUGAGCAGCGGCGUGGUGAGGAGAGGGGCAAGCGGAGGGAGAGGACACGUCUGGUGAAGGACGUUGCUGGUGCUGCUGUGGUGGGGCAGGCAGGCGCACUGGAAGGCAUUUCUGUGCCCGCUGCAGCUGCUGCCUUGGCUGCUGCUUCUGCUGCUGCCGGUGCGCCUUGCCAGGACGCCUCUGACGACCCAAGCAGAGGGUGCUCCGCUCUUGCCCCCCCUGCUGUUGCUGCUGCUGGCAGCAGUGGUGGAACGGUUGGGAGUGGUGACUUGGGAGGUGGAAUGCUGGGGAGCGGUGACAAGGGUGGGGAAACAGUUGUGAGUGGUGACUUGGGUGGUGGUGCUGGCCUGGAGUUGAAAGCGGUCAAGAGAGGUGCAGAGAAGAGAGGGCGCGAGAUGGAGGAGGAAGCAGAAGCGGGGUUGGAGGGCGAUGAGGAGCGUGCGGAUGGCAGGAAGGGGGGAUCAGCGGGCGAGCUUUGGGGGUUGAAGCGCCAGCGGUCGAGGAGAGGCGGCAGGCCCGUGGUUGCUGGCAGCGGGGGAGCGGGGGAAGCGAGGGAAGCAGCAGAGGGAGGGGAGGUGAGGACAGGAGGUGCGAUGGAGGGAGUUGUGAGAGGCGUGGAGCAGCCUGUAGGGUCGUGA